AUGGCAGUUAGUGGCAAGGCGAGGCUUGGCGAUACGGUGACGUGGAAUGGGCACACGUACAAGGCGACCGAGCUGGCUGUCUUCUACAAGCCCCACACGGUCUCGUUGCUGCUGAUGGGCAUGAUUGUGCUCCUGGCUGCUGGUCUGUGGCAGACAUCGCCGGCUGAUGGCACGGCUACAAAGGUCUCUGUUGAUGAUAUGCCUGUACGGGCGGCUUGGACAGCUGGUGGCGCAGCGUUUAGCGUCUAUCUCCUCUACGCCCUCCUCCAGUUCCCUGAUGGCCUCUUCACCCGCCCGCAUCCGGCCGUCUGGCGAGUCGUCCUUGCUCUCUCGCUGGCUUAUCUGGUGGCUCUGGUCUUUGUCUUCUUUCUUCCGGUGGCAUCGGCUCGCGGACUGCUCACCCUGCUUGAUCCGUCGCUGGGAAGCAAGCUCGAGCUCCCGCUGUACGCCACCGACUGCUCGCUCUCCUGGGCCAACGUCUCGCCCAAGCUGUGGGACAUCUUUGUGGUUGCUCACUUUGCGGGAUGGUUUGUCAAGGCCCUCAUGAUCCGCAACAUUGCCAUCUGCAUCACCCUCUCGGUCCUGUGGGAGCUCGUCGAGCUCUCGCUUGUCACCAUGCUGCCCAACUUCGGCGAGUGUUGGUGGGAUCAGCUCAUCAUGGACAUCCUGGUGUGCAACGGCGGCGGCAUGAUGCUCGGGCUUUAUCUCGGCGGCUACUUUGAGAUGAAGGAGUACAACUGGGUCGGCUUCCGCGCCAUCGAGUCGGUCCGUGGCAAGGUUCGGCGCGCUGCCCUCCAGUUUACGCCGCAGUCGUGGACGACGGUCGAGUGGAAGAUGUUUUCUUCGUACCGCCGCCUCGGCGCCAUUGCCAUCCUCAUUGCCGGCAUCACCGUUGUCGAGCUCAACGCCUUUUUGCUCAAGGCCGUCCUCUGGGUCCCGUCGUCCAACUGGCUCAACCUGCUCCGGCUCGGACUCUGGGUCGCCUUUGGCGCGCCCACCCUCCGCGAGUACUACCAGUACAUCACGGAUCCGCAUUGCAAGAAGCUCGGAACCCAGGCGUGGGUUGCUCUCGCCUGCAUGCUCGCGGAGACCGCCAUUGCCUUCAAGUUUGGCCUUGUGUACUUUGCCCACCUCGACGUCCUUGUCCCGGCCUGGAUCUGGGGCCUGUGGCUGGCUGCCGGCGCCGCUUUUCUUGCGGCGUACUCGGCCAACUACUCGCGGGCCAAGGCGCAAGCCCAGGGCAAGCGCGUGUGGCGACAUCGGCCGGCUUCGACCGCGAGCGAGCCGAGUUAG